AUGCUUGCUCGUAAUGUCUACAACGACAGCAGGAUCCAUGACUUCUUUCCUAGGAAAACUUGGCUUUAUGUUUCCAAAAGAUUUUCGGGCGACGAGUUGCUGAAAGAACAAAUUAGAAGUUUUGGGGGAGAUCAUGGAAAGGCUAGAAGCAAGGCUGAAUUGGAACUUAAACUUUCUCAUCUCUUACCAAAGAAGUUCUUCAUUGUGUUAGAUGAUCUGUGGAAUGCAAACGUGUGGGAGGAUCUACUGAAACCUCCUUUUAAAUAUUCUUCUGGUGGAAUCUUGAUCACGGCAAGGGAUGAAAGGGUGGCGAGACAAAUGGGAGCCAGUAUUCAUUGCGUUGAGAAGAUGGAUAAGGUCACUAGUUGGAUGUUGCUUUCUACACUGGUCUCUAGAGACGGAGAAGAUGAGGAGCUGUGCAAACUAAAAGCAACUGGGGGAGAAAUUGUCAAGAAAUAUGACGGGCUUCCUCUUGCCAUUAAGACAGUUGCUGGUGUUUUGAGGUCCAAGGAAAGAUGCGAGAAAGAAUGGAACAAAGUUCUUGAAAGACUCUUACUAGGUAUUUGGGUUGCCGAAGGAUUUGUGAAACCACAGGGAUAUAGACUGUUGGAAGAUUUAGCCGAGGGCUACUAUGAAGAAUUGCUUGGAAGAAACCUUCUACAACUGCAUCCCUUCUAUUUGGAUAACAGCCGAUGCAGUAUGCAUGGACUUUUAAGGUCCUUAGCAGUUUACUUGGUAGAGGAGGAAAGUGUUUCUAUUAGCAACGGGGAAAGACUAGAACGACCAAAUUCUUUGACAAAAAUUCGUCACCUGUCAGUAUCAGACAUGGGUGAGGAGGUUGCAGUUCCUGAAGAGGUAGUCACUCAGAAUUGUUUGCGCACUUUACUCGUCUGGAACAGUUUGAAGACGAAGAGGAUUCGGGCUGACCUACAUGAAAAGCUGGGCCAACUAAGGGUUCUAUGUUUUUCUAACACUGAGAUUGAUAGAAUUCCAGAUUCCUUGGGAAAUCUGAUACAGUUGAGAUUUUUGCUCUACCUUCCUGACGCCAUCACAAAGUUGCAGAAUCUAAGAUGUCUUCGUGUGGGAGGAACUCCUCUAAAUCAUUUACCCAAAGGAAUUGGGAACUUGACAAAAAUCAACCAUCUUAAUGGCUUUCUGAUAGGGCAUGAACGAGAUACACAAGGCCAAGUCGAAGACUGUGCAUUAGAUGAUCUGCAGUCACUUAACGACCUGAGGUUUUUGUAUGUGGCGGCAUUAAAGAGGGCUCGCAGAGGAUCUUUGGCUGAUCUCACACUAUGUGGGAACCAGAUAGCAGAGGAUUUUGCAGAGAGUUUAAGUGAGCUUUUUCCUCCUUCAAGCUUAGAAUGUUUUACAGAGGAAGAGAACCAGAGGAAUGUGAGGCUCUUUAGUGAGCUGUCUCUGCCAUCAAGCCUAGAGGGCCUUUCAAUCUGCCAUUUUCUUGGUCAGGAAUUGCCAAAAUGCAUGGACAGAUGCAUGCCAAUGUCUUUCCCCAAUCUGCAAAUUCUCGGCCUUCAUUGUUUCUUAUUGUGUGCACAGCUUCCUGUACUAGGCCAGUUACCCCAGUUGAAGGUUCUUUCCAUAGCAAGAGCUGACGCAAUAGUUACCGUUGGACCGGAACUUCUCUACGGUCAGUCACCGUUGACGACACUAGUAGCAUUCCCCAAACUUGAAUAUCUGGAAUUCAUGAUAAUGCCCAACUGGGAACAAUGGUCGUUCGGUGAGACUGAGACUGCAAAAGCACAAGAGCUGCAACUAUUGCCUUCUCUAAAACGACUGUGUGUCGUAGACUGCCCAAAGCUGAAAGCUCUUCCUGAUGGUCUGCAUCACGCAACCAACCUAGAAGAAUUGAGGAUCUAUGGUGCACACGAGCUAGGGGAAGUGAAGAACCUCCCAUCCUUAACUACUGAGCUUUUCCUCAGGGACAACAAGAAAUUAGAAAAAGUGUCCAACCUUCCCAUGUUGAAAUCACUGAUCGUUGGAUCUUGCCCGCUGCUGAAACAAGUGGAUAGUUUGAGUGCAUUAGAAAAGCUUGAGCUACAACAAAAUUCUUCCCGGAGACUACCGGAAAGCCUUGGUACGCAAGAAGAUCCCCUCCCAGUUUGGCUACCCGAACUGCUUGAGCAGCACAUGAAGGGUUAUGCUGCAUCAGGUGUGUUGCUUGUCUACUGCAGCUUUUCACUGCUUUGUAGCUGCUGCAAGGACGGCCCAUACUGGCAUACCAUUCAACAGUCGCCCGGAGUGACGAUGAAAUCUCUUGAAGGGCGUGCAUACAUGACGUAUACUAAAAAUCCAUUCAAGUAUGAGAGCAAUGCAUCAUUCCAUUGUUAUCAUUUUUCUUCUUUGUGA